CCAUCAGAAGUACAGAGCUAUUCUGAAGAAAGAAAAGCGAAAAAAAAAGCGGCAGGCACUCGCCAAACUAAGGGACUCAGAAGCUACAGAAAAAGAUGAAUCGGUGUCUGAGGAGGAAGAGGAGGAAGUGGAAGAUGAGGAGGAAGAAGAUGAAGAAGAAAAAAAACUUGAGGCAGAAAGACAAAAACUACAUGAGCAGUGGUUGCUGAGAGAAGAAAAGGCCCAAGAAGAGUUCAAGCUAAAGAAAGAAAAAGAAGAGGCUGCAAGGAAACGUCAAGAAGAAGAAGAGGUGAUGUAUAAACUGAGUGUCAUUGUGUCUGGCAAUAAGGUAGACGUAGUGUAACAUCUUGUACUGUUCUGUAAGGGGCCCAUUUUGGCUGAUGCUGGUGUGUUUGAAAGCACAGGCUCUUCUAGGAAGAUCAAAGAAGAAUGGGAAGAGCAGCAAAGAAAAGAGAGAGAAGUGGCACAGCAAAAGCAACAGGAGAAGAAAGAAAGAGAGGCAGCUGUGCAGAGGAUGCUGGAUCAAGCUGAAAGCCAGCUGGAGAAUGGUGUGACUUGGCAUAACCCAGAGCCCCCAGAGAAUAUGGGAACAGAGAAGGAUAGAGCAAAUUGCCCAUUCUACAUUAAAACAGGUUCCUGCCGAUUUGGAGACAGGUGUUCUCGCAAGCAUAACUACCCAACAUCUAGCAAGACACUACUCGUGAGAGGGAUGUUCAUUACCUUUGGCAUGGAGCAGUGCCGGAGGGACGACUACGACACGGAUGCAAGUCUUGAGUACAGUGAUGAGGAGACCUACCAGCAGUUCCUGGAGUUCUACGAGGAUGUGCUCCCCGAAUUUCAGAACGUGGGGAAGGUUGUUCAAUUCAAGGUCAGCUGCAACUAUGAGCCUCACCUGCGAGGAAAUGUCUAUGUCCAGUACCAGUCGGAGAAGGACUGUCAGGCAGCUCUGGCGCUGUUCAGCGGGCGGUGGUACGCGGGCAGACAGCUCCACUGUGAGUUCUGUCCUGUCACCAGGUGGAAAACUGCCAUAUGUGGCUUAUUUGAAAGGCAGAAGUGUCCAAGAGGGAAACACUGCAACUUUCUUCAUGUGUUCAAAAAUCCAAACAAUGAGUUUUGGGAGGCCAAUAGAGACAUCCGUAUUUCUCCUGAACGGACUAAUCAGUCUAAGAACUCUGAAAGGAGAAACAGGUCGAGCCACCGCGAUGACUAUUACAGCCGGUCCAGGAGAAGGGGCAGCCCGAGCCCAGAUCAUUCCUACCGGAGAAAUGGAGAAUCCGAGAGAAAAAAGAACCGCCGCAAAAACAAGAGGCGGCGCCGGUCAGGAAGGUCACGGAGCCGAGAGAGGAGGAGGUCUCACAGCAGAGGGAGGAGGAGGAGAGGUCGCAGCCGCAGCCGCAGCAGAAGUCACAGCCGAACACGCAGCAGGAGCAGGAGCAGGAGCAGGAGCUCCUCGCGAUCCAGGAGCAGGGGUAAAAAGAGGUCGAGCAGCAGAGGGAAAAAUAAUGAAACUCCCAAAACAAAGUGAGAAUUACUUUUAGAAAUUGCUAAUUGAUUGAAAAUAGAGCUGACAAAGAAAUCUUUCCGGUAGGGCACCAGAUAUAUUUGAGUCUCCAAUAAAGGGUUCUUGCACAUUGAAAUGUUUCUACCUAAUAAAGGA